CAAAUUUGGCGGGAGCAGAUGUCAACACAACACUUUAAAUAUUAUUUUUUUUUUACACUUUUAAUCAAGAAGCUGGAACUAUGAGUGGGUUGCUGUAUUGUCUGCCCCUGACCUCCACCUGGCUACAGGGGGCUGACCCGGGGGAUAAGGAGCGCCUAGAUGAGUGUCUCACCCUGAUCAGGAAUGACACACACCCUCUCAUUUUCUUAGGAGAACAUGCCAGUGGGAAGACAGUUCUGCUGUUCCAGGCUGGAGUGGCGUACGCGAGCCAGGACCUGCAUGUGACGCUGAUAAGCCGCCGCCCCCUCUCCCGUAUGCCCCACUCUGUACACGGCAUGAUACGACCAGAGGCAGCAGGGAACCUCAACACACUCACCUUCCUGUAUAUGAGCAAUGUAAGUGAUCUAUUGGAGUACUGUGCAAGCGUUCACACCCGGUCUGUGACCCCCGACAUCCUCAUUGUGGAUGACCUUGACUUCUACCUCAAUCAGCUUAUUGAGCCGAGCCCAGAAGCUGGUUGUGCAAAAUUGUGUGCUCUACUUGUGGACACUCUCCACUUCAUCCGGCAGAAGAGCCCCCAUGGUGCCCUACUGCUGGGCUGCACCCCUCAACACAAACUCUGGAGCCACAUCUUCUCUCACUUCAAAUUCACAGCUGCUGAGCUUGCUGUGUUGGACCGUCCCGGACAGUUGUACAGUGUGAGCAUUAGUACAGGGAGAGUCCAAUUGUCACUAACAUACCAGGUGAAAACUGAAGGAGUUGUCAUGAAGGAGGUCAAUGCCAGUAAGGCUGUUAGCUGACCGCAGCAGGACCUAAUGUAAUGGUGUGAUGCAAGUCACCGCAAUGGGAUGCUUAGUAAUACAGGUGUGCGUCAAAAGUGAAUCUGCAUGUGCAUUAAAUAUCGCCAUGCUUUCAAGUGCUCAGCUGGAAAUUGGGAAUUGAAAAAGCACUAACUUAGCCCAACUAUAAUUGGGAACCAAAAGAUGGACUUUCAGUGCUUAACUUAAAUUGGAAAUUGAAAAAGGAAUUACCAAGGAAUUUUGGGAUUCAAGAUUUGUGUUAAUUUUUAGUUAGUAUAGCCCCUUUCUAAACAGUCUGAAAGGGUUUUUAAAGAUGUUUCAGGUUGUCCUUUUUAACAAGAUGUGUGUUUAAAGCUUUGGGACAUAUUUCCCUAAACAAUUGAUUAAAUGCUUUCAUGUGACAUAUUUUAAGGUGAACUGUAUAUCAAUAAAAAAGUUGCAGUAUUGCGGUAGCCUUUGCCAUAACUCAUACAAAGAUAUUCAAAUGAAACUUGGUACACAUGUUGCCAGAGACUCCAGCUGUCACCAAAGGUGGGCAUAUUAAAAUCGCUGCAUCCGUCUGUCUGUGUGUCCGGCUAAAUAACUCGUGUCCAGGCUGUAACUUUCUCUUGUAUGCACAGAUUUUAAAAUAACUUGCCACAUACGACAUACCAAGACUACAUGUCGCGUGCAAGACCCGUGUCCCUACCUCUAAUUACACUAUAUAUGUUGUAUAGACAAGUGGUACAACAUCAAUUGUGCAUUAUUGACACGGGUUCUCAAACAACAUUGCAACUAUAAUUUUACUUAGGUUAUAUCAUAUUUGGGAUUGUUGCAAAUGUGUGUUCGAAUGCAGUUAUAUUUAUGUCUUUAUUGAUAACUCAAUAUUGUGGUUAUAUCGGUCAUUCAAAUGUAUUUUGUUUUUAAUAUUAGUCACUUCAGAAAUAAAACAACAACAUUGUUUUAACUCUUAUAACUUGUUAAUUUCAUACAUUUGACUUUUUGACAAGUUUCGAGAAUAUUUUUUUCUUGAGAAACCCCUGUGGCUGUAAUAAUUGUUGAGUAAUGUCUUUUAUUUGAC